CAUGCUUAACCUAACCUGCUAGCUGAGAAAAGUUCUUUAAAAUAAUGGAUAUUACCGUUUACCAAUCAAAAUGAAGAGUUUAACCAACAGGGCGGAGAUUUGAUUCUUCAACCACUAACCUCAGGGAAGGCUGGGCUUAAUCAGGGUUGGUUGCUUUGGAGUACAGCUUCAAGUGAAGUUAAUCUGAGGUGAAGCAAACAGAAAAUUGGGGAGGUUUUGUUGUGCUGUAAAUCGAAUACCUGUUUAUAUACAAUGUAACUUAGAUUGUAAAGAAACUUUUGGAAUGUUAUGAGUGGACCUGUGCAUUUGGUCACACACAGGAAUGAAACUGAAGUCUGCUGCAAUAAAACACUGAAGGCUUUAAAAUGUUUUCUUGCAUAAAACUCAAACUUUAAGUAGCUGCUUAUGAGGAUAGGGAAGUCAGGAAGCUAAUGUCUGUCUCAAGAUACAGGACAGCUGUUUGUUCAUCAACCUCAACUGUCCCAAGCUGCAGAGGGAAAGACAGCCUGACAUAGGGAAGUGGGGACAGCUACUCAGAGAACCGCAAAACAUCAUCGGUACAGUAGCAAGCCUGUACUCCAAAUCCAAAAUCCCUAUACUUUUUCACCAGAGUGCACAGAAGAGGAACAUGGCUCAAGAAACUAACCAUAGCCAAGUGCCUAUGCUUUGUUCCACUGGCUGUGGAUUUUAUGGAAACCCUCGUACAAAUGGCAUGUGUUCAGUAUGCUAUAAAGAACAUCUUCAAAGACAGAAUAGUAGUAAUGGUAGAAUUAGCCCACCUGCAACUUCUGUCAGUAGUCUGUCUGAAUCUUUACCAGUUCAGUGCACAGAUGACAAUGUCCCAGAAGCUCAGUCAACAUUAGACUCCACGUCUUCCCCAUCUAUGCAGCCAAGUCCUGUAUCAAAUCAGUCACUUUUAUCAGACUCUGUAGCAUCUACCCAAGUGGAAAGUACAUCUGUGGACAAAGCAGUACCUGAAACAGACGAUCUGCAAGCUUCAGUAUCGGACACUGCACAGCAGCCCUCUGAAGAGCAAAACAAGUCACUCGACAAACCAAAACAAAAAAAGAAUCGCUGUUUCAUGUGCAGGAAGAAAGUGGGAUUGACUGGGUUUGAAUGCCGGUGUGGAAAUGUUUACUGUGGUGUGCACCGUUAUUCAGAUGUACACAAUUGCUCUUACAAUUACAAAGCUGAUGCUGCUGAGAAAAUCAGAAAAGAAAAUCCAGUAGUUGUUGGGGAAAAGAUCCAGAAGAUUUGAACUCCUGCUGGAAUACAAAAAUCCUUUUGACCAUCUGCAAACUAAAUUGACUUGAGCUUUUUUUUCCUAGUCAUUGGGAAUGUAGAGCAAUGUAUCUUGCAUAGACCUUUUAAUCAUGCAUGUCAUCAGAAGAAUAGAUUUUUGUUUUGUUUUGAAAAUGACUCUGAACAUUUAUUUCCAUUGCAGUUUCUGUGGCUGAAAAGACUUAAGUAAACUUUACAAGUAUUAUCCUUUUAAGAUCAUUUUAAUUUUAGUUGAGUGCAGAGGGCUUUUAUAACAAACAUGGAGAAAUAUUGGAGGGCUGUGCUUUUCCAGUAUUAAACAUGCAUGCGUUAACCUUGCAGCAGUUUAUUUUCUCAUUGUGUGUGUAUCUAUAGCUUUUCUCUGCAGCACGAUUUCUCUUUGGAUAAUGCCCCUUAUGGCACAACUAGUUAUCAGUAACUGAAUGUAUUUUAAUCAUUAUGGCUGCUUCUGUUUUUCAUUAACAAAGGUUAUACAUACGUUAGCAUAUUAGCUUCUUUGCACCCACGACCUAUUUAUGUAUGAAUCAUUUGUAAUGAGAGAGUGUGUGCCAAUGAGAUAUUAUAAGUUUGUGUGGUUUUUAAAAAUUCUUUUUGAGUGAGGGGAGGAAAGGCUGUAUGCACUUCAUUGCUGACUGCAGGUUUCACUGGGAUUAAGUUCAUCAGUCUGUAUGUACACAAAUAUGAAGAAUGAUCUGAAGUAAUUGUGCUGUAUUUAUGUUUAUCCACCGGUCUUAACUUUGAUUAAAUAAAAAAAGAAAAAAGAAAAAAGAAAGGCAAAGCAACUCCCAUUGUGUUUCAGCAUUUCUCAGACACUACCAGUUGAUUUUGACUCUUGUCUUUGAUUGUGAUUUUCUAAUGUAAGCAAUGAGAGAUACCAUAACAGUCUGUUCCCCCCCGGGAAGAGCAAUGUCUUACAUAUCUAUUUAUAUGACUAGCUAGGUGAUUUAAAAAUAAAAUGAAAUUAUUUACUACA